GAUGCAUGCUCUGGACUGCGAUCAGAAAGUUCGUUCGAAAAGGAAGCAAAUGCGCGUCCAGAAAAGCCCUCUUCAGGACUCAAGAAGCGCUUUUGGAAGGAUGUCAUUGUUCGGAAAAAGUCAGGUAAAUCUUGAACAGCUACUGCGGCGAAUAUACGUUUAGGGCUUGGAUUGACUUGAUUUCCAACGUGCUCUGGAUCCCAAUAAUAGAAGGCAAUUACGAAGUCUUGCUGGACACCCGCCCCAUAAGAACGCCGUCCAAAGAUGCCUUGUCCAUACCGUCGACGAAACCUUACCUAGCGCAUGCGAUUGCUUUGGAGUGGGAUGUGAUGACUACCGCCCAGCAAGCUCUGAAAAAUCAUCUUAUCCCGCUGACAUCUCUCACGGCGCGGGCGGCAGAUAUCGCCCGAGAGGAUGAGGAAGGCAUGUCGUCCGCAAGGGAUCAGAUUGUGAAGACCGCGAUGCGUUAUCUGGACACCGACACGCUGUUAUGCUGGGUGCCUGAAGCUGUCGACUCCCUUGGAGAAACCAAUGAGAAUGGUGAAAAACUCGAAAGUCUGCGAGAGGCGCAGAUGAGGGUCGCCAAUGAUAUAAUUGCCUUUCUGGGUACCAAGGUCUGGCCCGGAGUUGAUAUUCGACCAAUUCUAGAUGUCGACAGCAUCCUGCCCGUAUCCCAGCCGCAAGUCACCAAGGAUAUCAUUCAACAGUGGGUCAUGAAUCUGCAUGCUUUCGAUCUGGCCGCGCUUGAGAGAGGCAUACUCGCAGCGAAGAGUCUUCUGAUCGCUGCUCGACUGGUCGUUGAAUGGAGCGAGAACUUCCGUGGCUUACAACGACCCGGACAGAAGAGAUUUGGGAUUGAAGAGGCAGCCGAAGCGUCCAGUAUGGAAGUCAAGUGGCAGACGGAUAUGUGGGGCGAGGUGGAAGAUACCCAUGAUGUCGACAAGGAAGACCUUCGUCGACAGCUAGGUAGUGUUAUCGUCGUAGUGAGUGGAGAGACUAGGUGAAGCUCGGGCUAUACAGCCAUCAGUUAAGACUGUUGGGUUAUGUAUGUAUUUUACUCCAUAUAUAAUAGAUGUUACCUUUUCCUUCG